AUGUCCAAACAAGCAAGAUACAUCCUCCUCUCGCUACCAAACUCCAUCUCCCCUUCACAUCACCGCGAUGAUGCCCUUGAAGCCAUACGCUCGAUAGUUGCAGACAACGGAAAUUCAUUCCCCUUCACGGUACCAGAGUUCAAGAUCGGAACCCUGGACGCACUCGUACAGCAGGCAGAUGAACUGGGUAAAGCUGAGGCACUUUGCGAGAAUGUCGUUAGUAAAGUGGGAGAUGUGCUUUCGAGUGUAUUGGAAGGCGAUGAGGCGCAGAUAUCGAGGAUGAAGAUGGUCAAUGAGAGACCGCUGGAUCAAUACCUGCAAUCUUUCUCAUGGAACAAGGUCAAAUACAGAGCUGACAAGUCGUUGGCAGAAUUGAUUGACCUCCUGCAAAAGGAAAUCAACAGCAUCGACAACGAUGUACGAUUGAAAUUCACCCAGUAUAACGGCGUCAAGUCAAACCUGGCUAGUCUACAGAGGAAGCAAACGUCAGUCAUGGUUUAUGUCUCUGUUCUAGGAAACCUUUCCACCAAGUCCCUGGCCUCAGUUGUUGAUCCUAGCCUCCUCGUUCAAGACUCAGAAUACCUAGAAACUCACCUCAUUGCACUCCCCAGCCGAGAUGUCAAGGAUUUCCUACGUGCAUAUGAAACUCUCUCACCCAUGGUCGUUCCACGCUCGUCCAUACUACUUGCUUCAGACGAUGAGUAUACUCUCUACGGCGUGACGACGUUCAAGAAGCACAGUGCAGAAUUCAUCCACAAAUGCCGCGAGAACCGAUGGACGCCGAGAGAAUACAAAUACGUCGAGGACGGCGGCGAAGAAGAACGCAAAGAAAUCGACCAAGUUGCUGGCGACGCUAAGAGGCUGUGGGGUGAAGCUCUGAGACUCGGAAAGACUGGAUGGGGCGAAGCCGUGAUGGUGUGGGUGCACAUCCUUGCUUUGAGAAUGUUCGUUGAAACCGUCUUGAGGUACGGACUGCCGUUGGACUUCACAUCCGUCUUGAUUAAGAGCACGGGUAAGAACGCUAAAAAGAUCAAGGAUGCGCUCGACUCAUCGUAUUCUUACCUGGGCGGUAAUGCGUUUACUCGGGACAAGAAAGGUCGGGUUCGGAAGGACGACCCGAAUGAGAUGCAACAGGUGGGCGUUCCCGACACGGCAGCCGAAUUUACAGCAUUUGUAUAUUAUGAGUUCGAGGUAGAGUAA